AGAGGGGAGGGGGAAGCUGUGGGUGAGGCCCGGUGCAUGGCGGUCAGGCGGCGGACUUGGUCCUCCACAGGUAAAAUGAAGCACAGAGUAGUUUUGGGAUCACCUGCUGAUCCAUUCUUGUUCCCUACUUUUUGAAAUGCUGAUCUCCAAUGUGAAACUUAUGUUCUUACCAGAAAAGAAUGGAAACUCUCAGCGAUCAAAUACGGAGCAACAUCAGAGCAAAAUGGAGAAUUUGGGACUGCAGACAAUGACUCUUUCUGAUGGGACAACAGCUUAUGUUCAGCAAGAUGCUCAUGCUUUUUCAGAAGAAAAGUUAAUUGAAGGACAAGUGAUUGAACUUGAGGAUGGAUCUACAGCUUUUAUCCAGCAAGUAAAUUUGCCAAGAGAGUCUAUCACAUUUGAAGAUGGUCAACCAGUUGCAUUGGAAGAUGGCACCAUGGCUUUUAUACACCAUCCAUCCAAAGAGGGUUAUGACCCCAACACCCUGGAAGCAAUCCAGCUGGAAGAUGGCUCCACAGCCUUUGUACACCGUCCUAUUUCCUUGCCCACAAGUAGCACCAUUCUUACAGUGCAAGCAGAUGUGCAGCUGGAUGGAUUGGCUGUGGAGGAGAAAAAUGCUGCCUUUGAUCUAGAUACCAUUACUGUCCUCAAGGAGUAUGCCACUCAGGGCUUCCAGGAGAAAGAAGUGCAAACCAAUGGGAAGGGACCACUGGUUGUCAGCAGAGGCUAUCGUUGUGGUCACAAAGGUUGUGGCCGCCUCUAUAGUACAGCUCACCAUUUGAGGGUUCAUGAGCGAGUUCAUACAGGUAUUCGGCCAUACAGAUGUGACUUCUCCAGCUGUGGGAAAGCUUUUGCUACAGGAUAUAGCCUGAAGAACCAUUUGAGAAUCCAUACAGGUGAAAAGCCGUACAAAUGCCCAGAGGAUGUUUGCAACAAAGCCUUCAAGACUUCUGGGGACCUGCAAAAACAUAUCAGAACACACACAGGUGAGCGUCCCUUCAGCUGUCCUUUUGAAGGCUGUGGCCGCUCUUUCACCACCUCCAACAUACGCAAGGUCCACAUCAGGACACACACUGGUGAGAGGCCAUAUAUGUGUCCAGAGCCCAACUGUGGGAGAGGGUUCACUAGUGCCACCAACUACAAAAACCACAUGAGGAUCCAUACAGGAGAGAAGCCAUAUGCGUGCAUGGUUCCGAGCUGCGGAAAACGCUUCACAGAAUAUUCUAGCCUCUACAAGCAUCAUGUGGUUCACACACAUUGCAAGCCAUACACUUGCAGUACUUGUGGCAAAACCUACCGGCAGACCUCUACACUGGCCAUGCACAAGCGCACCACUCAUGGGGAACUGGAAGCUACAGAGGAGAGUGAGCAGGCCCUCUAUGAGCAACAGAUGAAAGAUACUGCUCUUAUGAAUCCACUGAAAUUUCAGCAUGUUACUCUUGUGAAGGUAAAAACUGAAAAGGAUGAAGAUAGCAAGCCUGUAGCAGUGGAGACUGUGUCUCAAGAUGGAACAGAGCAGCUGGAAGAACAGCCAAGUUUGGAAGAUGCCAUCAGUAUGGCAGCUACUGCAACUCAGCAGGAGUCCACCAUGCUUAUGACAGCCAUGUUGAACAAUGGAUGCUGAGAUCUCAUUUGAAGCAUGAGAGAAUAGCUCUGUGCAGGGACGAUAGCAGCAAUAUAGAUAUUUGGAGGCUACAACACUUCUGUUUUGGAAUCCAGAUGUUGGGUUACUCCAUCAGCACCUGGACAGGGCCCUUGAUAAUUGCUGAAGUCUGUCUAUCCAGUGUGUGCAGUAGACAGCAAGAACCAGGUGAUGAAACAGCAUGGACUGUUGAAGAGACCUUGUUUUUCAGUUGGCCUCCUCUCACUGCAAUAACAUACAAUAAAACAUGGUGUCACAGGGCUGACCUCUCCUCCCAUCAGGUUGCAUGUGGCAGUUCCAAGAUCCUGGGGGAUGGCUGAAUCUUAGUAUGAUGGCUGCAUUUUACUCAUCUCCCCUCAUCAAGAUUGCUUCCCAGCAAUAGUGGUUCAGAUGGAAUGAUCCCUCAUGGACAAAGGAAUAUCUUAAAAAAUAAUGGCUUUUAUAACAUGUUGUUUGAUUCCUCCACUCUCUGGCACAGAUGGUAGAAUACUCCAAGGUGUAUUUAAUAAAGGUUUGAGCUUGGAA